AGGACCAUUUUCCAGACACCGGGGCCACCUCUGAAGGCUGUCAGACUCACUCCCGCCCCUGGCCGUUGCUGUGUUCUCCACAGAACAGAACCUGAAACAGUUGCAGCAGGCACCCCGAGGGGCCUGGUAAGUGACAGCCAUCCCCACGUGAACGAGGACGUCAGCACGGGGAGCGAGGACACCUUGCUCUGUUCGUCGACCUGUUCCACCUCCGGGGCAAAAGGAAUUCUCUCUGAGAUCAACAAGGCCCCAUAAAAGCAACUGUAACGGCCCAGACACCAGAGCGGUCCUAGACCUAACAGCAGGACAGCCAGCCAGACAGCACAACGGCACGGAACAUGCGGAUCCAGGCUGCCUGUCUCCUGCUCCUCCUCCUGGCCAGCCUGGCCAGCGCCUCAGUUCUGCACCAGACAAAACAGCUUGCAGACCUCCAGAUCCAGGACACAGCUGGAGCCACAGCUGGAGCCACAGCUGGCUUGACGCCUGGGCUGCAGAGGCUGAGGAGAGACACCCACUUCCCCAUCUGCAUCUUUUGCUGUGGCUGCUGUUAUCCGAACAGGUGUGGGAUCUGCUGCAAGACGUAG